AUGUUGGCAGUGGUGCUGGUAUUGCUGCUGGCUGCCUGGAUUAUGGUUAUGGUUGUGGCUGUGAUUGUGGUUGUGGUUGUGGUUGUGGAUGUGGUUCGGCGUGCAAACUAUCCACGCUUAUGUGGGCUCGCCGCUGCGGAGGCGAGCAAAAGGAAGUCGGCCUGCAAUAGACUCAUCGGGCGCCCUCCGACUCGGCUCUCCGCCUUGCACGAUCUGGCGUCGGGGCAUACACCUUUGGCUGGUCGGUGA